GCGCAUUCCCGUGACCCUGCCCGGAGAGGAUGAGCGGGCCGGAGCAUCCCUUGCCCCCCUCCCCGCCCAAGCACGCAGCGGCAGCGGCAGGACAGGGCAGGGAGGCGCGCGGAACCCCCCUCGCGCCCUUGCCGCCUUUUCCGGGGAGCGCGUGGCGGCGGCGGCGGCGGCGACCCUUUUUACCUUAGCUCCGCGGGCGCCUGGCGAGGGGCUGGGAGGGGCCGAGGCGUGGCAAGGCAGCAGCGCGCCCGGCCCCCCUCUCUCCGCGCGCCCCGCCGGGUGGAGCCGCCUUCCCUCGCCUCAGUCGGGGAAAGAUCUUCGCCUGCGAGAUGGGCGCCGGCAUCCUGGCCCUGGCCCUCUUGACGCUCUGGCGCCACGCCGAGGCGGGCUGCGCGGAAGAGGCGCGCUGCUGCCCGGGCCGGGACCCGAGCUGUGCCAGCAGCGGCUGGCGCGUCGACCGAGCCUACGGGACGUGCUUCUGCGACGAGGCGUGCAAGCUGACGGGCGACUGCUGCUAUGACUACGCCCAGGCGUGCCCAGGUACUUGCCGCGGAGGGAGAGACUGGAGGGCGGCGGGUUUCUUUUUUUGCCGCCUGAGAACAGGUGUCCGAAGGGUUAACCGUGAGCGGCUUUUGCCGGCGGAGGUGGAGUCCACUCUGCACAUGCUCAGAGAGCCGCCGCUGGCUUUACACGGACCCUCUUGAAAACUAGGGCUAAGUCUUGCCGUUGGCUGGAGAAAUUCUAUAAAAACUAUUAUCUUUUAUAUAUGGUUUUAGCUGUUAGUAUUUUAUCUGUGUUGUUUUAAUUUGCGUAAGUCGUCUUGUGUCGCAGGGUGGGGGGAAAGCGGGAUAUAAAUAAAAAUAAAAAUAAUGUUAAUAAUUGUUUCAGCUUAAACCCCAAAUAAUGAGACGCUGAACAGCCACCUGCUCAGUUGCCAAAACUCCACCCAGGACUUGACUUCCCUUUCCAGCCCUGGCAUUGGCCACUUUUUGCUCUUGAUCCCAAGGAAAUGCAGGCUUCAUAAGCAAAGGCUUUAAACAAGGAGGGGAAAGCACGAAUUUCCUUGUUUUUUAUUUUACAUGGGAAAUCCAAUUGAGGAACCAAAAAAUGCAAGGAAGUGACUCAGGGAGACUUCAUUGGGUAUUUGUUUGUGAAGUAGAUUCCUGCUUGAGAUGGGGAUAUUAAAUUCCUUUGCAAAUCUAAUGUAUUGAGAGCAUGAGUGGUGCAACAAACAAUGUUGGAAUAGAGUUAUACAAAAUAUCAUGUAUGGAGGCUUCUUUUUCUUUAAAUGUGUCAUUGCCAUGGAGUAAAGUAGAAGUGUUUGAUUUGAUAUACAAUGCUUUGUUGGGGUAAAGGUAAAAAAGGUAAAUGUAAAGGACCCCUGACAGUGAAGUCCAGUCACAGACGACAAGGUAGGAGGCCUUAAUGAAAUCAAAUAGUCAUAGCUACGAAUCAUGGUUUAAAAUGUUUUUUUUAAAAAAUCUUCUAAACCAUUAACUAGGAGCACCAGCACUAUACACAAAAGGUAAGGACUGAGGGAGGGAGCAAGUCACCCUGUAAUUCAAGCAAUGCUGGUAUAGAUUUAUCAAUGAAUGCAAGAAUCCUGCCAGACAUAUACAAACCUUUCAGUAUAGCAGCUGGAGUCAGGACCUGAAAGCCAAAGGACCAAGCCCUCCUAGUGAGAAGACCCUCCCCUUGGAAAUUGUGUUUUUUUUAAAAAAAAAGGUUGCAUAAGGAUUUAUUCCUUUUUAAUUCUUUUUACACAGCUAACUCAGAAGGAGCAGGUGCAGGGAGACGUCUGUCAAAUGUGAACCUUAAAGGCCUGCAAACCAAAAGACAAUUAAAAAUAACUUUUUUUUAUUUCAGACAAUAUUCACGACUUCCCUCUUGCAGUGUGCAAGUGUUGCUUAUUUGCUUGAUAGCUUUUGGAGCUGUCUGCUCUGCAGGCAUCUUGGACUGGUGCGCUAGGUUUGUUUCUGCUCUGUUUGGUGCAUUGUGGAAUGGAUUAUACGGAUUAAUCUGUGAAGCAGGGAGAGAGAUUGCAGUGGAAAGGAUCCGGCCUCAGAGUGGGGAGUUGAAUUGGAUGAUCACCUGGCCUCUUUAAGUCCAUUUGCUCAGACUUGUACCUCAGGCUGAUCGUGGUACUAUAGUUCAUAAGGCAAACUGGACCUCAGUUUUGCCUCAUGAUGCUAACAAUUGUUUUAAUACUCGAUUGGAAGCCGUCCAGAGUGGCUGGGGAAACUCAGCCAGAUGGGCGGGGUAUAAAUAUUAUUAUUAUUAGGUAGUUGCAGAGGGAAAUUAGUGGGAGGAUGCUUAGCUUUCAUCAAUUCUACCUUGCAUAGUGCUCCUCCAGCCCCUUUUAAAUGUUUCCUUUCCAUCCAAUUCUCAGGAUGGAAAUAAGCAUUGAUAGUGGAGAAUGCCCUGGCCAGGAAGCAGCCGUGGAGGAGGAACAGCAGACAGAGGAAGUUUUAAAUAUCCCGUUCAGCCCAUCACCCCUCUUCUACAAAUGCCUCCAUAUGCCACGCAUUAUAAUUACCUGCCGUUGAACAUUUUAGGGUAUCUUGUGUUUGUUUCAUCAUCAUAGCAGUGGUUGGCAAGUGGUGGUCCAAUCUACUAUCUGACCUACUGAGCACUGAUUGUUGCUUCUCUUUUUCCCCCUCCUCUCCUGCCUAGUCAUUGCUUGAAGUGCAUGAAAGUCAGGGGCAGGUGGGUGGGUGGGGUGCAUGCCACAAAGCCACUGACGUAGGUGGAGCAGCAUGGAAGCAAGGUUGGGGGAGUGUACAGUCAGAAACUCUGGAUUAGCUCUGCUGGUGAGCCUGUGCAGUCCCUACCUCAGGCCACUGCCCUACCUCACCCUGUACGUGUGCAGAGGAGGGCAACCAAGAUGACCAAGGGCCUGAAAACCAAGCUUCAUGGGCCACCGGUAGAUUUAAUCCUGCCCCUGUGGUAGUUUAUUUAUUGGGGUAAAGGGUAAAAUUAUAAAAAAGCACUUCAAUCCCCCCCAAAGGACAACAACUUCAAUCUCAAAAAAUGCUCAACAACUUUGGUCUGUCCUCACGCAUGUUCACUGCAUCAAAUCUGGCCCUCUUUGAAAAGUUUGGACACCCCUGCUUUAUGAGGAACAGUUGAAGGAGCUGAGUAUGUUUCAGGAAAACAUUCUGACAGUAAGAGCUGUUUGACAGUGGAACGGACUCCUGAGGAACACUGUGGACUCUCCAGCACAUUCUCUGUGAUUCUGAUUUUCAUUCGAAUCCUCUGGCACAUCCAUGUAAGAAAGGAAUGCAAUGGCCAGUGGCAUUUUUUCCCCUUUACGAUCAAGUGUUAUAUAAAUUUUAUUAAAUAAACAAAAAAUAAUUAUUGUCUUUGAAAUGAGGAAAAAUGGUGAAAUCUCACUUGAGCAUGACUUUUAGUUCUUCCAUCUUGAUUCUUGGAGGGUAAAGAUUGCCAGUACAAAACUGUUUCUUAGUGACUUCCACUCCCAUCAAGCUGGGAGGCCAAAGGAACGAAAAGAUCCAUUUGGGUGGUCCGAAAGGCUACUGGUAUGCUAUACUCAAGCAUUUGACCUUCUAAACUGAAAUUUAGAUAGGAAAAUGUGGUAUCCGUCAUUGUUAUUUCCUGAGGAUUGUUAGUUAUUGGGGGGGGGGAUGUUAUUUUUGGAAUGAGAGAAGGGGUAGCCUUCCAAGUAGGAGGUGGGGCCUUGAGGGACAUGCAAGCUGGGUUCAAAGAAAAUAAGAGAUGGCUUGGAAAGCAACUUCCAUUUCUGUUUAUCCCGGAUUUCAAUCAUAGCAAAGUGUGUAACACAUUUUUCACACAUUGGUACCAUAUUCCUAUGAGGUACUGUAAUUUUGUAGCUGCUAAAUUGAACUAAUCCAGGCUUCCUCAACUUCAACCCUCCAGAUGUUUUUGGCCUACAACUCCCAUGAUCCCUAGCUAGCAGGACUAGUGUUCAGGGAUGAUGGGAAUUGUAGUCUCAAAACACUGGAGGGCUGAGGUUGAGGAAGCCUGAACUAAUCCCUUAGCAACAUAUAUUUAAAUAUAUAUCCUGCCCUUCCUCCCAACAGAGGCCAGGGUGGCACAUAAGUGAAAUAAGAGUGCCAAGACCCAAGCUAGUCUGGGAAUCUAGUUCAAGCAUGCUUCUCUCUUUGGAAGGUGAAAAAAGGAAGAGAAAAGUGUUAAAACUUUCAUCGGAUUACAUUCAGGAGGGAAAGUUCAUGUGAGGGGAUUGAAAAUAAAUAGCAUCAAAAGGCUCCCUUCACUAGGCUGCUGAAUGUGUGGCUGGCAGGCAACAUGGCUGGUGCUCCCAUCAAGGACAGGGUUAUACAGUGCAUGCCCCUUGUGCAUUCUUCCAUUGUGUGGGGGAUUCAGCUGAGAACCCUGUGUGGUGGCUUCCAAAAACAAUACUACUCCCCUAGCUGCUGUAUCAAAUUUUGACAAUAGAAAAUAUGAAGAGGUAAUAAGUAACAAAUGGGAACAAUUCAUGAAAGUGAGCUUAUUUCUAGUGCUGUUGAUUGGUCAUAAGGAGAGUUUUCCGUAGGGAUCAGUGGGACUUUAAAGAUUUGGCUGAAUCAUACUUGAAGGGAGAGAAAGAAUAGAAACAAGGGGUGAAUGUGAGGAAAUGCAUUUAUCUAAUUAUACUUUAUUACAAAAACCUAGGGUUAUGCAAGGCACAAAAGUUUUGAAAAUGGCACCCAGUGUUGACUUCAUAGUGUUUAGUCAGAAUUACCCAUGUGGCCUGUGUUUUCCUGCCACAGGCAGCCUAUGAUCUAGAGUGUGUGGGCAUAACAACAAGCCCCGCCCCCCAUCCCAAGUCCACUCACUAAGUAUUUCUCACUAAGUAUUACAGGGAAAAGGAUAAUAAUUUGAUGUAUGGCUUCAUAACUUCCUCAGGUAUUAUUAUUGAUGAUAAUCUUAAAUAUCUUUGUAGCUCUUCCAUGCAUCGUUGGGGAGUGGAGUCACUGGAGUGGCUGCGCAGCACAGUGUAAGCCUAACUUCCGUAUGCGUACACGGAUCAUACAGCAGGAACCCAAAAAUGGUGGGGAGCCCUGUCCUCCAUUAGAAGAGAGAGCUGGAUGCCUGGAAUAUACUACCUACGAGGGGCAGGAUUGUGGAGAUGAGCACGGUACACAUAACAUACUAUUUUGCUCUGAAUCUUCCAUUAUGCUACUCACAUCCAUAAACAUUUAAUUGCUUUUUAAGAAUUCAUUUAUUAUGACUGGCUGCAGUAAAAACACUGGGUACUAUUUAUUCAAAAAAAUGCAUAAUAUUUUUCCAUAGGGUUAACUAUUAAUUGAUAAGUAGCAUAUUGCAUGAAGCAAAAAAAAACUGCCUUACUGUCUUUCCAUUGCAAUUUCAUUAAAAUGGCUUCCUUCAAUAUAUUGUGCUUAAUUUUUGCAAACUGAGAGCACUCAUAUUUCCUCCUGCUUGCCAGAUCUUCCCCCUCCUCCUCCUUCCUAACAUUAGCCAUGAUUUCAACUACUGUAAUAUGUGCUUGAAGCCAAAACCAUGUUCUUAUAAUCAGAGUUUUCAAAGGCACUACAGUUAAGAGUCUCUGUGAAGUCUGUGUAAACCAUAGUUUGUGUCAGUGCAUGUAUAAUACACAACUACAGUCAGUGGUGGGAAAAGGGUGGAAUUGCUUCAGAGCCUGGAACAGGAAUGGAACAUGUUCAGUAGGCUGACUCCCAUCUUGCAAACUGUGAUUUAUAGAGAGCAAGUGUCAUAUCUCCAGUAGGUCAGAGUUGUGCCAGCAGUUGGUUUUGCAGCAGGCCCAAGACUUUACAGGAUACAUGUGAAUGGUCUGGUUCUGUACCUGCCACAUUUUGUGGUAUGUAAAUAGCUUUGCAUUCGGCUUCCUCACUGCACCUGGAGAUGUUUGUUACAUAGCAGCAGCACCAGUGAUAAUUCUGCAGAAAUGCAAUUCUUAUGUUCAAGUCCCAGUAAACUGAAUUGUCUUUUUUAUGUAAGUGCUUGUGUAGCUUUUUUCUUUUACUAAAUUUCUUGUAUUUCUCCUAGAAAGCAGUCAAGUUUGUUUAUUUUGAGACAAGGUUUUAACUGUUAACAUACCUCAAACAUAUUUAACUUGGGGUAGAAGGGAUUGCAUAGUAGCAAAUAAAGAGCAGCCAGCAGGGUAAAAAGGUAAUUUACAUGAAAAUAUUCAUUGGAAUGUGAGGAAAACCUAUAAUCUACUCAACUGCGAAUGUUUGCCCAUUCAACCUCUUGUUGAGAACCAUAUUUCAAAAUGACAGAGAUAUUUGCAGGACUUUGGAAGUAUUGACCUUCACAAUUUAUAGGCCUAUAACCAAUAACACAGUAGUCCCUCAUGAAAAUACCCUGUCCUACUAGAAUGACCUUGUCUGCCAGUUUAAUUAUUUGAUUACCAUCUUAUGAUAGAGAACUCUGUUUUCUGCAUCACUUCAGCUAAACAGUAAUGUCAGUGUCUUUCAUCCUUCUUGAAGAAGCUUGUUUUGUAUUGAUAAACCUUUCUCUUCCUAGUUCCUGCUUUUAUAACUACUUCUGAAUACAGCAAAGAGAGAAAAAAGAGAGCUGCAAAUCCAAGGUGGUCUUCAGAAACAGAGAAUUCUAGGUAAUUAAGGCUGCAAUUCCAUACUUGCAAGCCCCAUUGAACUCUACAGUACUUACUCUAUACUCUAUACUCAGUAUAGAGACACACAGGCUUGAGCUGUAGGCCAAUCUUGAAAUAUGUGCCUAGGUCAUUCAGUUCACAGGAAAGAAAAUAUUGAACAUUCAUGUAGAAUAAUUCAACCAGGCCUGUUCCAGAGUUAAUCUGAAAGGGAUUGGUGGAAGCUGACAUCCCCAUCUCUUCUCUACACAAGCUCCUAAAAAUGCUCUGCCAAUCACCCUCUGCCAAGGGUACCUUGAGGAAUAGGAUAAGCUAUAAUGUAAGGGUUCUGAAGGGGGCACUGCAAAAAUUAGUUGGGGCACCUUCCAUAUUCAAAACUCCACUGGCAGAAGGCCUCUCUGCAAAGUUUUCAGGAAUGCCUCUUUCUUCUCAGUCCCCUGUGCCACAGCCUACUUCAUAUUGUAGGGCCUGCUGUGAGGCGACUAUUUGAUUGUAAGCACAGCUCAAUAGUAUUCUGUUCCUAUAAUUUGUCUAUGAGGAAUGCAGAACACUCAUGUUGCCUAGCUGCUAGGGAGCCCACAGUGAUUGUGAAGAUCCUUCUGUGAUGUCUUUUUUUUUUUUUUUUGCAACAUGUAUUUCAUGGAUAACUCACUCCCUGCUACAACUUCACCUAUAAAUGGGGCUUUAUUUCAACUAACCUGCCUUAUUUAAGAUUUUUUUUUUAUCUGUUCUGUAACCCACUCCCAGUGGUAGCAAUAUUAAGUUAAUUACUCAGAUAUUUUCCCAAUUCUAUCUGCAUUGUCUCAAAAUACAGGAUCAUUCUCAAGAUCCUGUAAUUUAAAACACCCAACAUCAGCAUAGCUAACCUUGUGGAACCAUUGUAUUAAAAUAAAGUUUAAAAAUAUUGUCUGCCCAGGUCAGUUUGCUGGCUGUGAACAUAACAUGGCUGUAGCUGAUAGACAGUAAUGUUUAUGUUCAGCUAUCAUCAGUUCAUACAGACACAGUGGACAACAUAUUUUGGCUUACCUUUUACUGCAGUUGCAGGUAAUAGUUAUGCUAUAGUCUAUUAAAUGUAUAAUGCAACGCAUUAACCAAAAUUUCUUCUCUUAAGGAGCUAUUGUGUGGAAUUUAAAACAGAAACAUUGUCUCCUCGUUGCUCUAUGGAGAAUCGCCCAUAUGCUCAAUGGAUGCAGUACAUCAGAGAAGGAUUUACGGUGUGUGUAACCUGCCAGCCUCCUGCAAUGCACACUAGCAGUCAUCGCUGUUUUGGAGAUGGUGGUGAUGCAGAUGGGUAAGCAAUUGAAUCUCAUUUCUGAAGUCCUACCAUCAGCACAACAAAGAUUUUAACUUAUACGUUAUAUUGAACAGUUUUUAAAGAGUAGAUUGCUGACACAGAGAACAUUUUAAAGUAACUUGUACUGCUUCAGAUCACUACUGUAUGGGCACUCCUCUGUACAGUAUUAGUAAGGUACACAAGUGCAAGACCAAGAACAUUUCUCUAUUUUGUUCAUGUGAACGCAGAAUAGGAACUUUCCUAUUCCUAUUGAACUGGGUCAUUUUGAUCCCCACCCUCAUUCAAAAGUGAGAUCUUUUAAUGUAUAGGGGUCUCAGUUUAGGCUAAAGCAGCAAUUGCUUGAUAUCCAGGCUUCAAACACCAUUUCCUGCAUUUAAAUUACUGUUUAAAAAUACAAAGUUUGAGUUCCAACAGAAAACAUAAUAGUUUUGAGACUUCAUUCGAUAGUUGGCUCACAAGGAGACCCUCCCCAGAGCCUGAAGAGGAUGUCCUCUUUAAUAAUGUCUUUUUUUCCAAUUGCCCCCUUUCCUUCUUCCCCUCUUAACUGUCAAAACUAAUAGAUGACAUCCCUCCUUUUCUCCAAGUGGUUGUUCAGCUGUCUUAAAAAUCUUCUCUUUUACUUCACAUCCCUUUCUAACAAAAGUGGGGUUAAAUUAGUCAUGCAAAGUAGCUAAAGGCACAUUUCUUUUUCCAUACAAAAAACAGGGAUGCAAAUUGUACUCCAAUGAGUUGCAAUACAGGUGGGGCCUAGACCCUGCAGGCUCAGUAAGCAGAGUCCUUAAGUCAAUUAUUUUCUUGGUCCUACUGUAGUGAGUGCUACCACCUUGCUGCUUUUAACUUCUGCCUCCAUGAAUGCAUCAAAAGACCUUGGCAGCCAUGUUAUAGAAAAUAUAGGCUAAUUCACACAGAACUCAGCUUACACCUACCAUAGCAGAAUCAAUGCAUAACUUUCUUCAUUGAUGGACAGUUAUUAUGAAUAGCUCCUAUCAGUUCAACAAGUAAACUGAUACAGUAAAGUCAAAGUUGCUAUUAAACACAGAUGGCUUACCUGUAGCCCUCCAGGUGUUGCUUGACUGUGACUCCCAUAAUACGUAACCAUUGACCAUGCUGGCUUGGGCUGAUGGUUGUUGGGAGUUCAACAUCUGCAGAACCCCUGCUAUAAAAUCAGUGUACUUAAGAAAGAAGGUUACUGCAAUAUGAUGACACAGUAAAUGCAAGUUGCUUUUGUAUAGACACUGAAAAUGUUGCAUUGCUAUGGACUCAAAGGGCCAGGUUAUUUAAAAUACUUUCUUACAUAUAUACUUACCUGAUCCCCAAGAUCACUGGAGACCCUGUUACAACUUCUUUGGCCAAAUAAAGUGAGGUGGCUGGUUGCUAGGGAAAGUCUCUUAUCUGUGGUGAAACUAUAUUGACAGAAGGUGAAGAUUAAAAAAAUGUUUCUAAUCUGGGCUUUUCAAUUUUAUGUUUUAUUGCAUAUCUGCCAUAAAAAGCAGUAUUAAAGUUUGAUGUGUUGAUUUAUACAUUAUGUUUAUUUUUUUGUGAACCAACCCGAGAGCAUAUGCUGUUAGCUGCCAUACAAAAAAGUAAUAAAAUUCAUUUUGCAGAUGCUACAAAUUAUUGAACAGUGAAGUAGCUCUUUACAGCAUGCUCAGUAAGUUUAAACAGGAAGUUAAAAUGCCAUGUAUUUAUAUCCACUCCCCAUGGGAUGAUGUUUAUGCAUAUGUUCUCUUUUUAGGAAUAAAGUUCUUCACUGGCAAGCGGUUGGCAAUCCCUCCUGCCAUGGAACAUGGAAAAAAGUUCAGCAGCUGGAAGAAUGUUCAUGCCCUCUUGUACAUAGUUUUAUUUUUACGUAACAGUUUGAACACAUAACCUUUAAUAUUUUACUGAACUGAGGAAACUCUUCUACUGUUGGACUUCUGUAACCCUAUUAGACAUUGCUUUUUAACAAGUGACAAGUCAACAUUUUGAAAUCACAGUCUUUUGCUGCACUGAAUAAAAACUAAGCUAAUUAUUGUAAGUUAUGAUAGGCAUCUUGUGUCUGCAGAUGAUGAUCAUUGUGGAAGCCCCACUGAAAAUGAGGCAAUCCAGAAUCACUUGCCCCUAUCCAUUUUAAUAGCAGGCUAGUGAUUCCCAGUUUGUUUUAUCCAGUACAAAAGACAAUAAUCACCAUUCAAAAGGAAGUUCCUGGGAUAGAUACUGGAAUUCCAGGCAUAUUCAACAUCAGACAAAUAUUAUAGGUUCCUUAGAAGGUGCACACACAAAAGAAAUGGUUGGAGACUGCCUGCUUCACAUGAACGCCUGAAUAGGGAAGCUGUUUGAUGCAGCUUCACAGUACAGCUAAUCUUUAUAGAUAAGUAGCUCCUCACAUGAGACAACUACUAAUGUGUGGCUCCUCAUCAUGUGAAUGCUUCUGACCAUCUGGGGUUUUCUGUUUUAAUUGCUUGUAGCAACUUUUAUGCAACUGUGCAGAAGAUAGGUUUGAAUUUCUUAUCAAGCUCUCAAGGGUAAAAGAUAAAUUAUCAUAAUGAUUCAAUGCAAAUCAUUUUAUUUGCCUGAUAACCAGAUACACUACCUUUUCAAAAACCAGCUUAAGCAACAAGACUAUUUAAUAAAAUACACUAGAAUUUUUUGUGUUAAACAUACUUACACCAAAAUGGUUUUCACUGGUCUGCUGUAAACUACAUAAAGGAAUCACCUGACAAGAUCAGAAAUGCAGUAUAGGGAAGAGUGGAGUAAAAUGAAAAUAUUUGGGAUGACAGCUUAAACCAUGUUUAGUCUGACCAAAGUCCUCCAUCUGUCUUUCAACAUUACAUUAGUCCGAUGAUUGAAGUCAUAAUGUAGAAGAAUUUUAGUCCACUUUCCUACUCCAAACUCCUGUACACCCUUUUUCAAUUUCUCGUCUUCUUCCCAACUCCAUCGCUUUAAAAAACAAAACAAAACAAAACAUUGUGAUACUCAAAUAUGCACAACACACUUCAAAAUAUUUUCCUCUACUGUUGAGCUAACAAGCUGUGAAGGAAACCUUCAGUUCUUACCAUUAUGAUUUUUUAGGACUGAAGGAGUUAAAUCUUCUGCAUACUUGUAGCCUACAGAAGUGUAGCAUUUCAGGAAUUGUUCCCACUAGGGACAAGGUCAAUAAAUCCAAUGUUUUUAUGGAAGAAAAACUGGAUUUAAAUAAGGGACUUGUUUUGAUGGAAAGCUAGUCUAGAAACUAUUUUAGCAAGCUUCAAAUCUAGGGUUUUUUUUUUUUAAUAAAAUGACUAUCAGCCUAAUGACCAUCUCUAGCGUGACUGAUUUUUCUUCAUCAUAUUUUUAGAAGGCAGAAACUCCUUUGAGAUAAAAAUGUAUAUCUUCCAACCAAUCAAGCAGGGCACAACAUUCACUUGCCAACUGAAAGUGACUUUCUGAAUUCUAUUUUUAGCUGCAAAAUUGUAAAAAUAUAUAGACCCAUGUAUGCAAGCUAACUAAAAAAUAGUGCAAUGAUUAACAGAAGACACUGUUACAACAUUCACUUUGCCUAUGGGAGAAUUGAACAAUGGCAACAUUGAACAGAGUAACCACUCAGAGAGUUGUAAAAAGUCAACAGCCUUUUGAACAUUCACAGUGUUCUUUCAUGUAAAAUCUUCUAUAAACAUCCGUCACUAUUGAAAUGGGUAGGUUCAGCUUGUUUGAAAUACUCAAAAGAGCUGCUUUGAGCUCUGAGAUUAUUUCAAUAACAAAGAUUGUGAAGAAAAGCAAUGUAUCUACUUAUUUUAGGGAGAACCUGAAAUUGUCCACACUGAACACAGUAUUUUAAGUCUGGGAUUGCUGGCUUCCCAAGCUUGCUAGGCCAAGACCCUCUCCUGCCAAGCUGUGAUGUCACUUGUCAACUCUGGAAAGGAGUUUCUGCGCAAGUAGGGGCACCUUCAUCUUCAUGGAGGGCACAACAAUCAAUGGGUAGCUGAGAUGGCUACAUUCCAAUCUCAAAGGCAGUAUCUAAAUAGCAAUUUCUGGGAAUCACAAGAUUGGAGAGUGAUGUUGUGGGCUUCUCAUAGGCAUAGAUUGGCCACUGUGACAGCAUGAAACUGGAUUCAAUGGGCCCUUCUAAGGACAUGGUCUGCAUUUUAUAACCCUUCCCCAAUUCAUACCUGUCUCUUAAAACUUGUUGACAGAGAUAAAGUAUCUUCUUGACCAUUUUCAGGAUCAUGCAGCUCCCUCUUGUCUAGUUCAGGUAAAAAACAAAAUAAAUAUUUUGAAUCUUUCAACUACAAUGUAUUAUUAACGGCCUAAUACUCAGAAAUUUUCUUAAUACAAAUUUAUUGCAAAACAGUGGAAGAUAAUUUAAAUAGCAGUUAAUUCUGUGGGUACAGCUUUGUUGCUUCUAUAAGAUAGUAUGUACAACUACAUCAACUAAUAAGAGAUAAGAACUAGGGUGACAAGAAAGCUUGCCAAUAAUUUAGUUGUGUGGAGAGCCAUAUAUGCACGGUUUACUUGCAAUUUAGCAAUAGCCCAGGGCAACCCAAAGUGACUUGCAACCAACUAACCAGACAGAUAACACACAC